CCCAUCAUACCCUGCGCCGCUUCCCCCUUGCCAUUCUCUUCGUCUUGCUGCCGUUGGGGUAGCCGGUGGCCGCGUUGGACGAUGUCGUCCCAUAAGACUUUCAAGAUCAAGCGGUUCCUCGCUAAGAAGCAGAAGCAGAACCGUCCCAUUCCACAGUGGAUUCGCAUGAAAACUGGCAAUAAGAUCAGGUACAAUUCCAAGAGGCGGCAUUGGAGAAGAACCAAGCUGGGCCUGUAAAGAGAAGCAGCUGCAACCUUUGCCAUGUCUGUCUGGCAGCCAGCUUUUGUGCCCCAGGACGCCUCCCUCCCUUCUAAACAGAGCCCUAUUUUCAAGACUGAAUCUCCUCGUGUAUUGUGUACUUUUCUCCCACCUUUAACGUUUUUAUUUCCACAAAGAGGUUUCCAAAGGAAUUAAAACCAAAUAACGUGG